AUGACAGGUCAGUCUAAUCCUAACCCUACCAAGGGCAUCAUGACAGGUCAGUCUAAUCCUACCAAGGGCAUCAUGACAGGUCAGUCUAACCCUAACCCUACCAAGGGCAUCAUGACAGGUGAGGAGAGGGUCUAGAAAUAGAAUGAUAGAGAACCAUUUAAUCUGUGCUGUGAUUGGUUUGAGUUCCUUGAAGUACCUGUGGAAGUUUGACAGUGUGUUGUUGAUGUUGUUGACAGGCUCUAUGACCGUAGGAGACCUGGUGAUGGUGAACGGUCUGCUGUUCCAGCUCUCUCUGCCUCUUAACUUCCUGGGCACCGUGUACAGAGAGACGCGUCAGGCCCUGAUCGACAUGAUACUCUCUUCACACUGCUCAGUGUUGACACCAAGAUCAAGGUAACACACACUAAUUGCACCCUAUUCCCUAUGUAGUGCACUUCUUUUGGGUCAGAGCCCACCUUGUGCUGAUCUAUCUAGAACACCAAUUACUGACUAGCUGCACUCAGUAUUCCUAAGGGUUAGGUUCUAUACUUCUAGUCCAGUUCCUCUCCUGUCUCUCCUCUGUCUCUCCUCUGUCUAUAUGAGAAGGAGCUGGCCCCUGCCCUCCUUGUGACCCCCCCCCAGGAGGGUUAGAGGUUAGAGGUUAGUAUAUAGUAACUAGUCUAUCCUAACGCUGUCUCUCUACUCUAGGAGAGAGAUCUGGCCCCUCCUCUCUCUGUGACCCCUCAAGAAGCCACCAUCAGGUUUGAGGAUGUCUACUUUGAGUACCUGGAAGGACAGAAGGUUCUAGAGGGGGUCUCCUUCCAGGUGCCGGCUGGGAAGAAGGUGGCCAUCGUGGGAGGGAGCGGAUCAGGGUAGGUACUCGUUUAGAAAGGCCUUGACCUGUCGGAAAUGGUAAUAUUAAGUGCACUGGUCAACAGUAGGGUUGGAAAAUUCUGGUAGCUUUCUCAAAGUUUCCUCAUCCUGGUCUGGACGUGUCUGAUUGGCCACGUCUACAUACAUACUCACAGUAUUCCAGAUAGUAGCUCAUAUCCUGCUUAAGGUCUAAUUCGGGAUCAGCUGUUUACAGUGAGAGGAAAAAAGUAUUUGAUCCCCUGUUCUUACCCCCCCAAAGUAAUAAUGGUUCGGGCGGUGCAGUUGCCGUACCAGGCGGUGAUGCAGCCCGAUGUACUGAGAACCCAGCUGGCUGUAUGGACGUGGACAGUAUAUCCGCAGAGAGCCAUGAUUCUGUGAAACAGAGUAUGUUACAGUCCCUGAUGUCUCUUUGGAAGGAGAUCCUCGCCCUGAGCUCGUCUACUUUAUUAUCCAGGGACUGAACAUUAGCGGGUAAUAUGCUCGGAAGCGGUGGAUGUUGUGCACGCCUCCUGAGUCGGACUAGAAGUCCACUCCGAUAACCUCUUCUCCACCGGCGGCGUCUUGGAGCAGCCUCUGGGAUAAGUUCAGUUGCCCUGUGGGGUAAGAACAAAGGAUCCGAUUCCGGAAAGUCGUAUUUCUGGUCGGAAUGCCGGUGCGUUACCGCCGCUCUGAUAUCCAAAAGUUAUUUCCAGCUGUUCUGGGCUAAUAAUGUUAGAAAUAACACCCAAAAAAAAACGAAAUACCGCAAAGUUGCGUAGGAGCUAGAAGCAGAGCUGCCAUGUCUGUCACCGACAUUGGUUCCACAUUCAGGAAGAGCACCAUAGGAAUAAUGGUUCUGUGUUUCAGGAAGAGCACCAUAGGAAUUAUAGUUCUGUGUUUCAGGAAGAGCACCAUAGGAAUUUAGUUCUGUGUUCAGGAAGAGCACCAUAGGAAUUAUGGUUAUGUGUUUCAGGAAGAGCACCAUAGGAAUUAUGGUUCUGUGUUUCAGGAAGAGCACCAUAGGAAUUAUGGUUCUGUGUUUCAGGAAGAGCACCAUAGGAAUAAUGGUUCUGUGUUUCAGGAAGAGCACCAUAGGAAUAAUGGUUCUGUGUUUCAGGGAAAGGGCCCCUAGGGUGAUGGGUUUUUGUGUUUAGGAAACACCAAUGCGUUUUUGUUCCGGUUUUUUGGCCCCAAAGGGAAAAAUCUAAAACCCCUGGGAAGAACCUCGGAUGUUGGGCGGACAGUCCCCCGGGCGGCCGAGGAUGGUACCACAGGUAAAAAUAAAUUGAUUUGAUAACUUUGAUUUGAUUGAACUUAUUAUCCUCUUAAGUUGGGGCACUGUGAGCGUAUAAACACGGUUUUUUUCCUCAAAAUUGAAAAACAUUUGUUUCUCAUUUAUUUUGUUCUCCUGAGUUUCCCCCUCCCCAAGUUGACUGAAAGGCAUCUCUCCCCCCCCCCCCCCCUCCUCCCCUACCCAGGGUCAUGGCUCUUUUCCCCAACCCAUCCCUUUUACAAAACCCUUUAUACGGGGAAAAUCAAAAGCCCGCCAGAGGGUUACCGGUGGCCGCUGGCAGGGAUACACACCCAUCCUCCCAAUGCCACACGUACGACACCCGUCGGCGAGGGGGACUCAACUGUCAUAGGGGGCGGGAGAGGUAUCAAAAAGUCGGGGGUCGGGGAGAGGGCUAAAUUGUCAGGGAGGGGUCGGAAAGGGUAUAAACGUCAGGGAGGGACCCGGGGGGGGGGGACCAAAAUGUCGUAGGGGGCGGGAAGGGACUCAAAAGUCAGGGGAGGGGGGGAGGGGACUCAAACGUCGGAGGGGUCGGGGAAAAGGGGGUCAAAAUGUCAGGGGAGGGGGCGGGGAGGGGACUCAAACUGCAGGUGGGGAGAGGGGACUCAAACGCCCCCCGGAUCGGGGGAAGGGGUCAAAAUUAAGGGGGAAAGGGGCCCGUGGUAGGGGGGGGGAAGGGGACUCAACGCAGGAGGGGCGGAGAGGGACUCAAACUUCGGGGGGUCGGGGAAGGGGGGCUCCCAAAAAGUCAGUAGGGCGGGGGAAAAGGGCUCAAACGUCGGUUGGGUCGGGAGGGGGACUCAAAAUGGCAGGUAGGGGACGGGGAAAAGGGCCAACUGUCAGGGGGAAAAGGGAAAUUCCGGGGGGAGGGGGCUCAACUGUCGGGGGGGCGGGGGAGGGGGCCAAAAAGUCGGGGGGGAGAGGGACCAAAAUGUCGGGAGGGGGCCCGGGAGAGGAUCAAACUGUCAGGGAGGGGAGGGGCUCAAACUGGCAGGGGAGGGGGGGGAAAAGGGGACUCAAAAUUAGGGGGGUCGGAAGGGGGCCAAAAUUCAGGGAGGGGGAGGGACUCAAACUUCAGGGGAGGGGGGGGAGGGGGACUCAAAACGUCAGAGGGGGGGGGGAGAGGGGGCCAAACUUCUAGGGGGUCGGGGGGGGGGGGGGUCAACGUCAGGGAGGGUCGGGGAGAGGGGGGUCAAAAUGCGGUAGGGGGGCGGGGGGAAGGGGGCUCAAACUGUCAGGGAGUGGAAGGGGACUCAAACUGUCAGGGGAGGGUCCCGGGGGAGGGGACCAAACUGUCAGGGGGGGUCGGGGGGAAAGGGGGCCCAAAAUGUCAGGUAGGGGGAGAGGGGGGGGGGAAACCCAAACUGUCAGGGGAGGGUCGGGAAGGGGGCUCAAAAACCCGUCAGGUAGGGGUCGGGGGAGGGGCUCAAAUGUCAGGUAUGGGGGGGGGACCAAAUGCAGGUAGGGGGGGGGAGAGGGGCUCAAAAUGUCGGUAGGGGGGAGGGGGUCAAAAUGCAGGUAGGGGGCGGGGAGGGGGGUCAAAGCCCAAAAGGCGGGGGGGGGGCUAAAGGAGGGGGGGUCAAAGGGUCCCCAGGUAGGGGUCGGGAGGGACUCAAACCCGUCAGGUAGGGGAGGGGACUCAAACGUCAGGUAGGGGCGGGGAAGGGACUCAAAUGUCAUAGGGCGGGGGAGGGGCCAAACUGUCGGUAGGGUCGGGGGGGGGGGACUAAAAGUCAGGUAGGGGUUUGGGGGAGAGGGGAUCAAACGUCAGUAGGGGUCGGGGAGAGGGGACUCAAAAUGUCAGGAGGGGGCGGGGAGGGACUCAAAAAUGUCAGGGGGGUCGGGGAGGGGGCCAAACGUCCCGGGAGGGGGCGGGGAGAGGGGACUCAAACUUCAGGGAGGGGGCCGGGGAGAGGGGCUCAAACUGUCAGGUAGGGGGCGGGGGGAAGGGACUAAAAUGUCAGGGAGGGUCGGGGGAGGGCUCAAAACUUCAGGGGAGGGGGCGGGGGGAAGGGGACUCAAACGUCAGGGAGGGGUCGGGGGGGGGGGACUCAAACUGUCAUAGGGUCGGGGAAAACUCAAAAUGUCAGGUAGGGGUCGGGAGAGGGGACCAAACUUCAGGGAGGGGUCGGGGGGAAAGGGGCCCUUUUAAAAACCCCCCUGUCAGGUAGGGGAAGGGGACUCAAAAGUCAGGUAGGGGGCGGGAGAGGGGGCUCCCAACCCGGGGGGGGGCCCCCGUCAGGUAGGGGCCCCGGGGGAGGGGCUCAACUGUCAGGGGGGUCGGGGAAGGGGACUCAAAAUGUAUAGGGGUCGGGGCGGGAUCAAAAAGUCAGGGAGGGGAGGGGACUCAAACUUCGGUAGGGAAGGGACUCAACGGGCAGGUAGGGGGGGACUCAAAAUUCGUAGGGGGGGUAAAAUGUCUAAGCGGGUUUCCCAAAUUCAUUUUAGGGAGGGGGAAAUUGGGGGGCGGCCAAACCGGGAGGGGUGGGGAAGGGGGGAAAACCCGGGGGGGGAGAGGGACCAAAUGUCAGGUAAAGGGGCUAAAAAAGGGGAGGUGGGGGGGGGAGGGGGGCUCAAACUUUAUUGGGGGAGGGGACCCUCAAAACCAAAAUUCAGGGGGGGAGAGGGGACCAAAAAUGUCAGGGGGGGGGGAGAGGGACCCAAAAUGUCAGGUAAGGGAAGGGGACUCAAACGUCAGGUAGGGGGGGGGAAGGGGGCUCAAACUGUCAGGGGGGGGAGGGGGACCAAACUGUCGGUAGGGAGGGGACUCAAAAUUCAGUAGGGGAGGGGGACUCAAAAAUUUGGGAGGGGUCGGGAGAGGGACCAACUGCAGUAGGGGCGGGGGAAAAGGGACUCAACUGUCAGGUAGGAGAGGGGACCAAAAUGUCGGGAGGGGGGGGAAGGGACCAAAAUGUGGUAGGGGGGAGAGGGGGCUCAAACGUCAGGGAGGGGGGGAGGGGACUCAAAAUGUCAGGGAGGGGGGAGGGGACUCAAAAUGUCGGUGGGUCGGGGGGAGGGGACUCAAACUGUCUAGGGGGGGGGGGGAGAGGGACCAAACUGUCAGGGGAAGGGGGUCGGGGAAAGGGGACUCAAAAGUCAGGGAGGGGGUCGGGGAAAAGGGACUCAAAAGUCAGGGAGGGGGGAGGGGACUCAACUUAGGUAGGGGAGAGGGGACUCAAACUUCGGGAGGGUGGGGGAGAGGGGCCAAACUGCAGGGAGGGGGCGGGGGGAGGGACCAACUGCAGGGAGGGGGGGAAGGGGACUCAAAAUGUAGGUAGGGGUCGGGGGGGGAAAAACCCAAAAUGUCAGUAGGGGGGGAGAGGGGAAAUCAAACUUGGGGGGGGCCAAAAAAGGGUUUGGGGGGGAGGGGACCAAAUGUCGGUAGGGGGAGGGACCAACUUCGUGGGGCAGAGGGGGCUCAAACUUUAGGUAGGGUCGGGGGGAGGGGCUCAAAAUUCAGUGGGGAGGGAGGGACUCAAACUGUCAGGGAGGGGGGGGGGGAGGGGCCAAACUUCAGGUGGGGGGGGAGAGGGACUCAACUGUCAGGUAGGGGUCGGGGGGAAAAGGGACUCAAACUGUCAUAGGUCGGGGGAGGGGGCCAAAAAUGUCAGUGGGGGGGGAGAGGGGAUCAAAAAUGUCGGUGGGUCGGGAAGGGGGCCAACUGUAGGGGGCGGGGAAGGGGACCAAACUGCAGGGAGGGCGGGGGGAGGGGGCCAAACUGUCGUAGGGGGGGGUUUCCCCGGGGGGAGGGGACCAAAAUGUCAGGUAGGGGGCGGGGGGGGGCUCAACUGUCAGGUAGGGUGGGGGAGAGACCAAAAUGUCAGGUAGGGAGGGGGAGAGGGGGGGAAGGGGCCAAAAUGUCAGUAGGGGUCGGGGGGGAGGGACUCAAAAUUCGGGGAGGGGUCGGGGAGAGGGGACUCAAACGUCGGGGGGGGGGAAAGGGGCUCAAACUUUUGGAGGGGUCGGGGAGAGGGACUCAAAAUUCAGGGGGGGGCGGGGGGGGGGGACCAAAAUGUCAGGGGGGGGGAGAGGGACUCAACUGUCAGGGAGGGUGGGGGGGGAGGGGACUCAAAAAGUCAGGGGGGGGUCGGGGGGGGAAAAGGGGGACUCAAACUGUCGGUAGGGUGGGGGAGGGACUCAAAAUGUCAGGUAGGGGGCGGGGGGAGGGGGACCAAACUGUCAGGUAGGGGGAGGGGCUCAAACUUCAGGUAGGGGUCGGGGAAGGGACUAACUUUUGGUAGGGGAAGGGGGGUCAAAAUGUAGGGGAGGGGUCGGGGGAAGGGGGCCAACUGUCGGUAGGGGGCGGGAGAGAGGACCAAAAUGUCAAAAGGGGGGAGGGCCUGUUUGGGGUGGGGGAGAUUUGACUUUCCCGUUUUGUUCGGGGAAGACGCAAACUUCCUUUUCCGGGGAAAUCUUAGUACCCCCGUUCGUCUCUUUCCUUUGCUUUUAGACUUCCUGUUUUUUGUGGGGGGUCAAGACUCAAACCCCGUUCGUUUGGGGGGUGUUUUAAACUGCUUUUGGUUUUUUUUUGGGGGAAGACUCAAACUUCGUUUUGGGGCCCGGGGUCAAACUGCAGAGGGAAACCCCUUCUGUUUUGUUUUUUUGGGAAAGGGGGUGGGGGGGAAAAUCCUGUCGUUUGUUUCCGAAAACCAAAUGUCCCGGUUUUUGGGGGAAGAUGGGACUUUUCCCUUUUUUGUUUUGGUUUUGGAGAGAUUCCUGGUCCCUUUUUGGGGAAGAUGCAAUGUCGGGGGUUUUUGGGGGGGAACCGUUUGGUAGGGGGGGGAAGAGAACCCCCCACUGCUGAAAAGAAAAGGCCUAGGGCCCUCCGGGGGUCCCCCCCUUAAAUCUCCUGUUUCUCUUUCCUUUGUCCAACCCCCUUUGCCCAAAGUUUUGGGGGUUUUGGGCUCCCCCUUGAAGGUGCCCCUUAUUUACUUCUUUUUUUUCUUUUUGGCUUUUUAAAUGGGGAAGGGAAUUCCGGCCCGGGUUUGGGGGGGGUAGGACCAAAUUGCUGGUUUGUUUCUGUGUUGACUUUUUUUGUUUUUUUGUUUUUUCCCAAAACCGGCUAUUUAAAACCGCCCGUCUUUUGGUUCGUUGCGCUAAAAACUUCCUUUUCUUUCUUUUCUUAUUUUCCCUUUUUUUUUCUCUGUUCUAAAACUAUUUUUGUUCCGGUUGCCCCGCCAAAAAAAAGAAUGAUGAAAAUUUUGUUCCGGUCUUGUGCCUGGAAACUUUGGGGGUCCUGAGUCCCCUUUUUCCCCUAAGCAAAAUUAACCCUGCAUUUAGAUUAUUGUUUAUAUAUGUAUUCAAAUCAAAUCAAAUCAAAUCAAAUUUUAUUGGUCACAUGUGCCGAAUACAACAGGUGCAGACAUUACAGUGAAAUGCUUACUUACAGCCCUUAACCAACAGUGCAUUUAUUUUAAACAAAAAAGUAAGAAUAAAACAACAACAAAAAAGUGUUUGAGAAAAAAAGAGCAGAAGUAAAAAUAAGUGACAGUAGGGAGGCUAUAUAUACAAUAGAAUAAAGUGACAGUAGGGAGGCUAUAUAUACAAUAGAAUAAAGUGACAGUAGGGAGGCUAUAUAUACAGGGGGGUACCGUUGCAUAGUCAAUGUGCGGGGGCAACCGCUAGUUGAGGUAAUAUGUACAUGUGGGUAGAGUUAAAGUGACUAUGCAUAAAUACUUAACAGAGUAGCAGCAGCGUAAAAGGGAUGGGGUGGGGGGGCAGUGCAAAUAGUCCGGGUAGCCAUGAUUAGCUGUUCAGGAGUCUUAUGGCUUGGGGGUAGAAGCUGUUGAGAAGUCUUUUGGACCUAGACUUGGCACUCCGGUACCCGCUUGCCGUGCGGUAGCAGAGAGAACAGUCUAUGACUAGGGUGACUGGAGUCUUUGACAAUUUUGAGGGCCUUCCUCUGACAACCGCCUGGUAUAGAGGUCCUGGAUGGCAGGGAGCUUUGCCCCAGUGAUGUACUGGGCCGUACGCACUACCCUCUGUAGUGCCUUGCGGUCAGAGGCCAAGCAGUUGCCAUACCAGGCGGUGAUGCAACCAGUCAGGAUGCUCUCGAUGGUGCAGCUGUAGAAUUUUUUGAGGAUCUGAGGACCCAUGCCAAAUCUUUUUAGUCUCCUGAGGGGGAAUAGGCUUUGUCGUGCCCUCUUCACGACUGUCUUGGUGUGUUUGGACCAUGAUAGUUCGUUGGUGAUGUGGACACCAAGGAACUUGAAGCUCUCAACCUGUUCCACUACAGCCCCGUCGAUGAGAAUGGGGGCGUGCUCAGUCCUCUUUUUUUUCCUGUAGUCCACAAUCAUCUCCUUUGUCUUGGUCACGUUGAGGGAGAGGUUGUUGUCCUGGCACCACACGGCCAGAUCUCUGACCUCCUCCCUAUAGGCUGUCUCAUCGUUGUCGGUGAUCAGGCCUACCACUGUUGUGUCGUCGGCAAACUUAAUGAUGGUGUUGGAGUCGUGCCUGGCCAUGCAGUCAUGGGUGAACAGAGAGUACAGGAGGGGACUGAGCACGCACCCCUGAGGGGCCCCCGUGUUGAGGAUCAGUGUGGCAGAUGUGUUGUUACCUACCCUUACCACCUGGGGGCGGCCCGUCAGGAAGUCCAGGAUCCAGUUGCAGAGGGAGGUGUUUAGUCCCAGGAUCCUUAGCUUAGUGAUGAGCUUUGAGGGCACUAUGGUGUUGAAUGCUGAGCUGUAGUAUUCCAGAACAUACUAUGUUGAGGUAAAAAUUGGAGUGUAAUGCUUGUAUAGAUGUCAACCAUAACACAUGUUCAGCGAUUGUUACCAAUCAACCGCAUUACAGUUCAAAAUGACUUUGACUACCACCAACGAUUUCUGUAUGCUAGCAAUGCUAACCAGCUUAUACAAAUGGGAGUUAGCAUUUAGCAGUCACUUCUUCUAAAACGGAAAAGGUACAACUUCUACAUGUUAUGCAGCGAAAACAGCCAGAUAUAUGCAAAUCGGACUUAAGUAAGCACAUUGGGGGCCUGUUACAAUACAUAACUCAUGACGGAUUUGACGAGUAUCCACUUUGUUAGAUCAGGUUUGUUGAAUGUGCUCCAAUCUGGUCAAUGGAAUGUUUGUGUUCCAUUUACUCCUUAACCACAUCUAUACUUGAUGUUCCUGUGUUGUUUCUAUACAGCGUUCUAGAACUAUUUCUAAUACUUGAUGUUCCUGUGUUUUCUCUACAGUAUUAUAUAACUAAAUUAUUUAUAAUACUUGAUGUGUUGUUCUGGAACAUUCUAGAACUGUUUUUAAUACUUGAUGUUUCUCUACAACAUUCUAGUACCAUUUCAAAUACUUAAUGUUUCUGUGUUCUAGAGUGUUCUAGAACUAUUUCUAAUACUUCAUGGUGAUUCUGUGUACUUCUAGAACAUUCUUAGUUCCAUGAAGGGUCUGGUCCAGGACCGGACGUCCGUGUUCAUCGCUCACAGACUGUCCACCAUCGUAGACGCAGACGAGAUCAUCGUACUCAACAAGGUAAGAAGACCUUCUCAUAGUGAUUCUUCCAGGGAGGGAGCUUUUUUCCCCAACUUUUCCUGUUGAAAAGCAAUAUCCCAAGUAUAAAUACAGUAAAUGACACACUAAAGGGUAAAGAAAUAUAUUUGGGAGCAAAAUAGUUUUUUUGGGGUUUUUUUUAUAUAUACAACUGCAUACAACUGCAAACUUCAAGGAGUGAGUAACUGUACUGAAAUUAGAGACGUGGAUAGUUACAAUCCAUUGGAGCCAGAUGCGGUUAGUCACAGUUGUAACGUUAAACUAUUUGCACAUUGGUUACAAAACACUUUAUAGAGACGAUAAAAUAAUGAACAUUUGAAAUGGAGAGAGAGACAGAGAGCAAAAGAGAGAUGGAGAGAGAGAGAAGAGAGAGAGAGAGAGAGAGAGAGAGAGAGAGAGAGAGAGAGAAGAGAGAGAGAGAGAGAGAGAGAAGAGAGAGAGAGAGAGAGAGAGAGAGAGAGAGAGAGAGAGAGAGAGAGAGAAGAGAGAGAGAGAGAGAGAGAGAAGAGAGAGAGAGAUAUUCAAUACUGCAUUUUGUGUCAAAGUCAUUUUUACAUGGACUUUAGUGUGACUCAACUGGACUUUAUAGUAGCAUAAUCCUCUUUCUCUGUCCCCCCCCGUCCUUCUCUCUCUGUCCCCCCUCUCCCCUCGUCCUCUCUCUCCCCCCCCCCCCCCGUCCCCCCCCCCGUCCUUCUCCCUCUGUCUCCCCUCUCCCCUCCAGGGGAAGAUAGCAGAGCGAGGGGACCACCACUCUCUGCUGGCUACUCCAGGGUCUCUGUACGCUGACCUGUGGAACACUCAGAACAGUAAGAUACUGAACAGUAGGAACAGCCCAGUGGAGCUGCAGCCAGAGAGACUCAGCCAGAAGGAGCAGGAGAGGAAGAAACUACAGGAGGAGAUCAUGAACAGUGUCAAGGGC